AUGCAAACUAUUGUGACGGCCGAAGAUCGGCAUAAAGUGUAUAACUUAUGCAAAACACAUUUAUCGGGCAAAUGGGCCGAAGUUAGUGAACAGGAGCUCAUUAUACGCCAUAAUACGUAUGUAAGCCGACAUUUCAACGCCGACGACUACCUGAACCCAAAAAUCGUCACAAAAUUAGCCCAAAAAUUGGCGACAUUUCACUCGUUAACAGUUCCGGUGCCGAAGAAUAGCGCAGAACUCACGCGGAGUAAUAUAUUUGACAAAUGGUUUGACGACAAAUUCCGGGCAUCUGUCCGGUCGGGUGCCGUCCGGAAACACAUUGUGGGCGCAAAUUGUGCCACAUUUUUGCGACACGAUUUUGUGACGGAGACCGAGUGGUUCCAGAGGGCUGUCCGCGACCUCCAGAGUCCGAUUGUCUUCUCGCACAACGACUUUAACCGCAGAAAUAUACUGAUCCGCGAAACGCGUGAUAAUAAUAACACCACCGGUUCUGCCGCUGAUAAUACCGAUAGUAAUGGUCACCCUAUGGCCAAUAUAUACCUCAUAGACUUUGAUUGGUCUAACUAUAACUAUCGGGGCCUCGAUUUUGGGCAGUAUUUCAGUCGAUUCGGUCAAUUGGACACCGAUUUCGGCGCCGGAGACUUCCCGUCCGAUCGCCAGAUGUGGCCAUUCAUUGACGCCUAUAUCGAGAAAAUGUGUGAUAUUUAUGGCAAUUCUUACGCAAAAUUAGAGAUCAAUUCACGCCAUGUAAUCAUUAAAGAGACUAAACUGUUGGCACUAUUGGCUUAUAUCAAGGAUAUACUGUAUUGUAUGGAUUGUGUCACCACUGCUGACAGUCCCGAAAUGAUGAUUAAAGCAGAGAUGAGAUAUAAAAGUUAUAUUGAUCUCAAACAUAGAUUUCUCGCUGAUUAUCCGGUGCUCAACAAUAUCUCGCAGAUUUAA